CGCGUUGGCAAGUACUGACUAGCACAUCAUGCAAGUGCAGCCUGAGGCAGUCUACGCUACAGACGAGUACGGUAGGCCGUUCAUCAUCCUGCGCGAGCAGGGAAGGAAAACUAGAAGCCAUGGCAUAGAGGCGAUCAAGUCACAUGUUCUCGCAGCGCGCACUGUUGCUAACAUCAUCCGAACAUCCUUGGGCCCUCGAGGACUCGACAAAAUCCUGAUCUCACCGGACGGCGACAUUACCGUAACAAACGAUGGUGCGACCAUACUCAGUCAGAUGGAAGUUGAGCACCAGAUCGCCAAGCUCCUUGUACAACUAUCAAAGAGCCAAGACGACGAAAUCGGUGACGGUACAACCGGUGUUGUUGUGCUUGCCGGCGCCCUUUUAGAGCAGAGCGAAGCACUCCUUGACAGAGGCAUCCACCCGAUUCGGAUUGCAGACGGGUUUGACAAGGCAUGCACCGUGGCCGUGGAGCAGCUCGACCGCAUCUCUGACCGCGUUCCGUUUUCACUCGAGAACAAACAAAAUUUGAUCAAGACUGCCACAACAAGUCUGGGCAGUAAAAUCGUCUCGAAAGAGAUCCAACGCUUUGCCGAAAUCGCUGUCGAUGCUGUGCUGACCGUUGCAGACCUUGAGCGCCGGGAUGUCCCUUUUGAUCUCAUCAAAGUGGACGGAAAAGUCGGUGGUUCACUGGCAGACAGUACACUCAUCAAGGGUGUGCUGAUCGACAAAGACAUGUCCCACCCUCAAAUGCCGUCCGUUGUAAAAGAUGCUAAACUUGCCAUCCUCACAUGCCCAUUCGAGCCUCCGCGUCCCAAGACGAAACAUAAACUUGACAUCACUAGCGUGGAGGAAUACAAAAAACUCCGAGAAUACGAGAAGGAGAAGUUUGAAGACAUGAUUCGGAUGGUGAAAGACACUGGAGCUAACCUGGUUAUUUGUCAAUGGGGUUUUGAUGACGAGGCGAAUCACCUGUUGAUGCAGAAUGAUUUACCUGCGGUGCGGUGGGUUGGUGGUCCAGAAAUCGAGUUGAUCGCCAUCGCCACGCAAGGCCGCAUCGUACCACGGUUUGAAGAUCUCACUCCGGAGAAGCUUGGAAAAGCUGGUAUAGUUCGUGAACUAACGUUUGGCACGACACGUGACAAAAUGCUGGUUAUUGAGGAGUGUGCAAAUACCCGUGCUGUCACCAUUUUCGUCCGGGGAUCAAAUAAAAUGAUCGUCGAUGAAGCAAAGCGAGCGCUGCAUGAUGCUCUCUGCGCGGUUCGCAACCUCGUCGUCGACAAUCGUGUCGUUUAUGGUGGUGGAGCAGCCGACAUCAGUAGCUCAAUAGCAGUGGCAAAAGCUGCUGAUGAGAUCCCAUCGAUAGAGCAGUACGCCAUGCGUGCAUUUGCCUCUGCCCUGGAUGCCAUCCCGCUUGCGUUGGCGGAAAACAGCGGCCUCUCGCCCAUUGAAACACUUGCCGAGGUGAAGAGUAGACAGGUAACAGAGAACAACCCGCGCCUGGGCAUCGACUGUUCUGGGAAAGGGGAAAACGACAUGAAGAAACAGUUCGUGUAUGAUCCACUGAUUUCGAAGCGACAACAAUAUCUACUCGCAACCCAGUUGGUCAGGGCAGUGCUCAAGAUAGGUAAGUCAUGCUCUGUUUACGCAGGGAUGCGAGGUCCGAUUUUUUCUUGUUAAGACGAUGUCAUUGUCGCGGGCG